AUGUUCUCCCACGGGGAUUGGGAUUAUUUACUGUAUUUACUCCCACACUUUGUUAUCAACUCUACUUGUGUUUUCUUGCAAUUAACCGUCGCAAACAUAGAAGAAAGUUUACAAAAUUUAAACAUAGCCGGCAUAAGUGAUUUACCCGGUAACAUAACGUCGAAAAUUCCGUCCGAAGGUGAAAUAGAGGAAGUAUUUGUCAAAAAAUGCGAAAAACAUUGGGGGCCAGAUGCGAGUAAAAAAAUAUCCGUGAGUAUUUUUUUUGUUUGA